UUUCUUUUUAAGGUUUUCAACAUUUUAGAGCACAAGGGUUUCAAACUUGAAAAUUUCUUGAAGAGGGUUUUUGAGACAAUGUACAUGAUGAGUUCUACUCGGCGGAUGAAAGAAAUUAGAUUAUUGUUAUGUGUAACGUGAUUUGGUAAUAAUGGCAUUGCUCAUUGAUAGGAUUAAGGAAGACGAGCGAAUUGAAAAGGCUAUCCGGAGUUUAUUGAAGCUUCCCGGGAACCGAAGAUGCAUCAAUUGCAACAGUCUGGGUCCACAAUAUGUCUGCUCAACUUUCAGGACUUUUGUCUGCAUCAACUGCAGCGGAAUCCAUCGAGAAUUCACACAUCGUGUGAAAUCUAUAUCAAUGGCCACGUUCACGGCAGAAGAAGUUAGUGCACUUCGCGCAGGAGGAAACGAGCGAGCCAGACAAAUUUAUUUUAAAGAAUGGGACUCUCAGCGUGAUGCUUACCCCGAUGGCAGUAAUAUCGUGAAGCUCCGAGUUUUUAUCAGAAGUGUGUAUGUGGACAAAAAAUACAGUAGUGGGAGCAAUGACAAGACCUCAGAGCUGAAACCAGCUGUCAUAGAAGAUUACAGGGAAAGUAAGAAGGGAAGUUCAAGUUUCUUCGGAUCUAGAAGCUUACACUCUCUGGAUAAACCUGAAAUUGACAGAGCUAGUUCUGGUGGGAGGAGUGGAAAUGAAUCUCUCAAGUUUUAUUUUGAUGAUAAGAAACAUAAACAACAACAACAUGUCGCACAUAAUCCAAAGUCUAGAGGUUUACCAAAGAGUCCUAUCCGGUUUGAGAUUGUUGAUGACAGGUUUAGAGACGACGGAGGUGUUAAGAGAUAUGAGACGCGUAGAGAGUUAAGAGGAAGCUCCAAAUCACUUGACCUCUCUAGUAACAAAGACACGCCGAGUUUCCCCAUUGUACGCCACGCCAGUGAACUAGGGAAUGUUGUCAAAGCUGAGAAAAAGAAGGAUCCGAUGACUGCAUCGUCUGAUAAAAUGGAGAACAUUGGAAGUUUGAUUGAUGAUGUGCCAGUUGUUGACAAGGUCAGCCAGAACUCGAAUGAACUUCCUGCAUCUCUGAAAAAGACUGAGGAUCCAGCUCCUAAUUCUUUGGAAGCUUUGUUGUUUGGAUUCUCUGUUCCUUCUGUUGUUGAUGACCCCGGAACAAACAACUCUCUAGAAAAUUAUCUUGGGACCCAGGAGAUGCCAAGAACACCAGACAGUGCUACAACUUUUGUCACAUCACCUACAGUUGCACAACCCGGUUCUUCAGUGCCAGCGUUUUCUGUUUCUGAUGAUACCCUAUAUACAGAAGAUAUGGCAAAUAACCAGUGGGAGUCAUCUACAUCACCUAUGGAACAGUCAACUCUGGAUAUCUCAAAUGCUGCUAAUGGAGAUGGAUCUGAGCAUCAUCAAGAUGAGACAACAUCUAGCGUAAGAACGGCGCUUCCCGAGGACCUUUUCACUGGAGGCUUCUCAUUUGCCUCCCCGCAAGUUCAUAGUCAACAUCAUGGCAUGGGAUAUGGCAUGCAGUAUUACCAGUAUCCAAUGAGUACGGGUGCCUUCACAUACACGGCAAAACCAUCAAAUCCAUUUGAUCUUAGCUGUGAUGAUACAGUUCCAAACCAAACAUCACAAUUUCCUUCUAUGGGAUACGUGCAAGGAGGAGGCUUGCCCCACGUGUCAGCUCCAACAGGGUUUUCAGAUUCUUCAAGUCCGGUUGCAGAUUCCUCCAUUGUACUGAUGGCCUCACAGUCACCUUUUUACGCAACCGCUUUAUCUCCAACCUCUCCAUCUCUUGCAUCCAAUAUUUCCCCUGGUGCAUACAUGGGUCAGCAAUCACAUGUGAAUAUGUCCCCAUCUUUCAGGCAAGAGAUGAAUGGCCUAGGCACUGCGGAAAACACUUUCAACGCAUAUCAUCAUCAGGCAAACAGUGGAUAUCCUUCUGCAAACCCAAAUGCUUAUAUUUCUAGAGGAAAUCCCUUUGAAUGAGAGAGAGCUUUAACGUCAAACUGCAGAAGAUUUGAUUGGAAGCAUUUUCAUUGGAAAUGGAAUGAAGAUUUCGACUCUUAAAAGCAUGACUGCUUCAAGAUGAAACAGAGGUUUCCUUAUUCAGUUGCUUCUUGAUCAAAAUGUGUAUUAAUGUGGGAGGAUUUUACUUGUAACCAAAAAGAUUAUAAAUCUAUGUAAUUUUAUCGGUACAACUUGCUCAUGGAUUGUGUGUAUACUAACAAACCAAAUCUUUCAACAAAAUCAUAAGUUGUUAUUACUAAAUUACAAGACUAAAUAUCACAAAUUCAUACG